AUGACCAACGUCAAGCUUUUACAGAAGGACGCUAUCACUCUAGAUCGAUUCUGGGACAUUGCAAAUGACCUGUUUCAUUCAGACAGGCAAUUCGAUGAGCUUCGAGAUGGCUGUACGGAGGACAAGGUCAAUUCGCUACUGGUGAACUACUUGACUCUUGUUUGUGAACAUUGCGACCAGCUCACAACACCUGACACUGAAGAGCAGUUUUAUAAUGACAUCUCAGAGUAUGUCACGUGCCACAGAUACUAUCGAUCAAACAUGCAGUUCUGUGUUCGCAAAAUGCUAUCGUUGCUCACGUACAGUGUUGGUUGCAAUGAGAGUAAUUUGGGGCUGGAAUUUGACAUGCUGGACAACGUCACGAGGGAACAGGUCAACGACUCCAUUACGGUGAACGAGAAGCUAAUACGAAUAAUCGGGUGGAUCCUCAUAGUUAACUACCAGUCGGAUAAGGACGCCCUUCUGCAGAUUUUAAAAAAUUUCAAUGGAUUUGAGACUCUGGCAGGUGUGCUGUCGAAUUAUUCACGAAUAUCACACAAUUCGAAUGAUAAGGACCCGUAUAUUGCGAACUACUCGCCUUACUUCGAGCUGUUCUAUGAGCUUUGCAAAAAUUACGAAUUUGAAAGCACAGAGCUUGACCACGUCCAGUCGCAGCUACUUGAGUACUUAUUUGAGAGCCUGGAGGUCGUACCAAAAGAGAACAACAUCCUAAAUUUUAUGAAAUUCAAGCUGCUGCUGGUGCUCAACGAGCAGUUUAUGGUCUCUCAGUUUUCGUCGACGGCAGAUAGCUCGUAUCAGAUAGAAAACCGGUUUUUCAUCAAAAUGACAGAGAAUAGUCAACGAUUCCAACAUUUCAACGAGGUACUCAUUUUGAACUUCAAUAGAGAACAGGACCAUGUUAUUCAGAUACUAAUGCUCAAGGUGCUGUAUCUGGUGUUCACCACCUCCCACACGUGUGGCAAAUUUUAUAUUAACGAUCUCAAACUCAUUAUAGAUAUCAUGAUCCGAGAACUGUUCAAUCUGUCGACUGUGAAAGAAGAAGCGUUGAUCAACACGUAUUUGCGCGUGCUGUAUCCGAUGAUACUAUUUUCAAGCAUCAAGGAAGAAGGAUACAAAAGAGAAAGCAUUUCUGAGGUCCUCAGAUAUCUCGUCGGGGCAGAGCAAACCUCUGAGACUACCAAACGGCUGGCCGAACGGUGCCUGGUGCUGGACUUUUUUAACGACAAGUAUGGCAGUCCCUUGAUUACAAGAAACCCUGCGCCAUACAUUCUUUCGCGUGAAAACUCGUCGCAGUCGUCUGUGGUGAGCGAGAUUGACUCGCCAGACUCGCCAACUGCACCCAUACACCGAAGCAGGAGCAAUUCGUCGGUCUCGUCGCAGGAUUCGAAAGGACUUCAUCGCAAACGGCCACCUCCCCCGCCUCCACGCCGGUACAACCAGAGAAACGGUUCCGAGCUGAUGCUGAGUCGGACCAAGGUGGCCAAUAAAUAG